ACUGCGCGUCUGCCUCUUCAUUGGCUUUGGACUCGAGAUGAAUUUGACGUACAACAGCAGAAGCUAAAGCCAAACAAGAAGCAUAAUAUAUUUAAUACACCUCAAAGCAACCAUGCUCAAAGUGUCGGAAGCCGAUCGUCGCAAGUGCGUCUUUAUUACGGACUAAUAUUCAUGUAUAACUCAUUAAUGCAGUACCAUUUGUCGAUUAACUUCGCGACUACUAGGCACUGGGCAGUGAAAUAAUAAUAAUAACCAAACGCCACGGAAGGAAUAGAAACACACGAAAAGCGCCUGUUCGCCUUUCCCCUUCCAUGGUGGAGGUUUAAACACCAUGUCCUGCUCUGGCAACCUCAUUUGGGAUGUGAGAAAACGCGCCAUCGGAUGCACUGAUCCAUACUCAUUGAGGACAAAUUAUUUAGGCAGAAGAGAGUUUGUGCAACGACUGAAGCUUGAAGCCGUUCUCAAUGUGCACGAUGGAUGCGUUAACACCAUAUCUUGGAAUGAAACAGGGGAAUACAUAUUAUCAGGUUCAGAUGAUACAAACCUGGUUAUCACAAACCCUUACAACAGAAAGGUCAAGACAACUAUUCGCUCGGGACACCGGGCCAACAUCUUCAGCGCAAAGUUCAUGCCCCAUACUAACGAUCAACAGAUCGUGUCCUGCUCCGGAGACGGCAUUAUUUAUUACACACACACAGAAAAGAGCCAGGAAAUCAACAGACAGUGCCAGUUCACCUGUCACUAUGGCACUGCUUAUGAGAUAAUGACUGUGCCAAAUGACCCCUAUACCUUCUUGUCCUGUGGAGAAGAUGGUACGGUGAGGUGGUUUGACUUGCGCAUGAAGACCAGCUGCACGAAAGAGGACUGUAAAGAUGACAUUUUGAUUAAUUGCCGGAGAGCCGCUACCUCAAUAUCCAUUUGCCCCAUGGUCCCAUAUUAUCUUGCUGUGGGCUGUUCUGACAGCUCUGUGAGGAUCUAUGACAGACGAAUGCUUGGAACAAGAGCUACGGGUAACUACAUGGGAAGAGGGACGACAGGCAUGUGUGUGCGUUUCGUCCCUCCCCACCUGUCCACGAAAUCCUGCCGCGUCACCUCUCUGUGUUACAGUGAAGAUGGACAGGAAGUGCUGGUCAGUUACUCCUCAGACUACAUUUACCUGUUUGACCCCAAAGAUGACCAGGCCAGAGAGCUCAAGGGCCCUUCUGAGGAACGGAGGGAGGAGCUGAGGCAGCCCCCGGUGAAACGCUUGCGUCUGAGGGGGGACUGGUCAGACACGGGACCCCGAGCUCGACCAGAGAGCGAGAGGGAACGUGACGGAGAGCAGAGUCCGAACGUGUCGCUCAUGCAAAGGAUGUCGGACAUGCUGUCGCGUUGGUUUGAGGAGGCCAGUGAGGCGCAAAGCAGCAGAGCACGUCCGCAAACUCGACCCAGAGGUACAGCAGCCCGACCAGAAGGGGUAUUAGCGACAUCAGAGACGCGCGCCCUGGCUCAGGAACCCGCUGAGGGAGCGAUGGAGGUGGCAACAACCUCGUCUGUUCCUCUCUCUGCGUCUGCUACUCCUGCAGACCCUCUCCCCUCAUCAAUCUCAUCCUCCUCCUCCUCAGGCUCCUCCUCCACUGUUACAGCUCCGCCCCCUUCUACCUCCUCCAUGGGAAGUGCUACCUCCUCCUCUAUUCUCUCCUCCCCAGACACAGAGCAGAGGAGUCAGGAUGAGGUCACGCCCACUCCCUCGGCCACGCCCACUCCUUCAGCCACACCCACCCCCUCAAGAGAGGCAGCUUCAUCUGAAUAUGGUCCUCACAGGCUGCCGGUAAGUUUAGUGUGUAGACGUUUGCAGAGGCUACUUAACUUAUCCGACCCCCCAGGACAGGGCAGACGCACGGUCCCCAGUGUACCCGUGACAUCUAGCCUACAGAGCUCAGGCCGUCAGGCUGCUUCCUCUGACUCUGCCCCGCCUGCAGAUUCUCCCUCGUCUGUGGUAAACAAACAGCUCGGAUCCAUGACUCUGGAUGAGGAGCAGGGCGGAUCAGAGGAGCCAGGAAAUGUGAUUCAGAGUCCAGGUGUCAGCGAAGCUUCCCUAGAGACCACAGAAUCCGUGCCAUCCACCUCAGUUCCUUCACUUGGCACCAGGUCUGCCAACAGCGGCAACACUCCACCAGGGCGAACAGGAACGGCAGAACCUGUCCUUAGUCUGCACUAUAGCACUGAGGGAACCACCACCAGCACCAUUAAAUUGGACUUCACGGAUGAGUGGAGCAAUCCGACAUCCAGCACCAAAAGCAGCGUUGGAGGACAUAAGACUGGGGAGGUUGCUGAGAGCCAGGCCAAUGAAGAACCCACAGGAGAAAGCUUAGAACAGGCAGGGUCAAGCCCGGCCUUAGCGAGUCCUCCUACAGAAAAGGCCCCGGUAAGCUCACCGCUUCAGACGUCAGCAGAGGGUUCAUCUCCUGGAGACACAGCUAGUGCUAGCGCCCCCUCUGCCUCGGAGGAGAUCCAGGCUGCCGGGUCAUCAGAGACCAGGAGAAGCGAUACCACUGGAACGGGCGGUCAGGGUUCGACUCAACCCUCUCGCAAUAAUCAGGACUCGGAUGACAGCGAUGACGACCCCAUCCUCAUCCCAUCCGCCAGGUAUAGACGAGGGCAGGGACAGAGAUUUAAUUUCAGAGGAUCAGCAGUAGGUGAAAGAAUGAUAAGACGCUCAGCCGCGGCUCGCAUCCAGGAGCUGUUCCGCAGGAGAAAAGAAAGGCGUGAGAUGGAAGAAAGUGAGACCCAGAACAUCAGAAGACCAACGGUCAAGAUGAUGUACAAGGGUCACCGCAACUCCAGAACCAUGAUUAAAGAAUCAUGUUUCUGGGGAAAUAACUUUGUGAUGAGUGGCUCGGACUGUGGCCACAUCUUCAUCUGGGACAGGCAUACAGGAGAACACCUGAUGCUACUCGAGGCCGACAACCACGUAGUCAACUGCCUACAGCCACACCCUUAUGACCCCAUUCUUGCAUCAUCUGGGAUUGACUAUGACAUCAAGCUGUGGUCUCCUUUAGAGCAGUCAACGUCAUUCAACAAAGGACUCGCUGAAGAGGUAAUUGCUCGUAAUGAAUUAAUGCUGGAAGAGACAAGAAACACCAUCACAGUCCCGGCUUCCUUCAUGCUCAGAAUGCUGGCGUCACUAAAUCACAUCAGAACAGACCGUGUGGAAGGGGACCGUUCAGAAGGUUCCGGUCAAGACAAUGAUGACGAACAGUAGCCCUCUCACUAGAGGCGGUUUUUGCUAUGGCGCAUUCAAGAUUUAUACACAUAUAAAUAGACUAUUUCCUUAUUAGUUCUGUUGGAUUGUUUUUUUUUAAUAAGACGUUUCUUACCGAUUACUCUAAAUGAGAGUAAAUUGCAUCUGGGCUGUUCAUGCAAACAAGGAGAAAUGUAAGAUGAGUGAUGAUGACUGAUGUUUGAGUAUUUAAGUGCAAUAUUAAUUUUGUUAAAAGCAAACGGUUGAGUUUUGAACUGAGUUUUUCGGUGUGGAUCUUAUUGUAGCCUCAAAAGGAGAACUCAAAUAUUUGUACCAGACAAUAUGCAUGUCAAACAUGAUUGCAUUCACUUAGUUAAUAACUGUUGUGUUUUUGGUCAUUACUUGAUGUUGCACAGGUACAACUUGCAAUAUUUCACAAUUCAAAACAGGCACUGUUACACUGAAAAUGUUUAUAAAGGAUUAUUCAAAUGAAUAUGGUUUUGGCUCUGAUCAGUCAACAUAUAUAUAACCUGCAGCUAUUUAGUCAAACGGUUAGUUGGCAGGAUGCAUUUCUCGCAGCACAGAUGGCCUUUGUUUUGGCAGCUGUCGGCUUGAGCAUUCUGCUAAGUGGCUUGCGAUUGCUGGAGACACUCAGAUGAUGUCUUCAUCUAAUCUAGUGUGCCAUUCUACACUAACCUCAUUCAGAACUGUUAAGGAAUGCAAGCCAUCUUUUUCAAUGUGUGUUAAGUUAUUGAGUUCCAAUUUUUUUAAACAUGUACCUGAGGACGGUGU